UUUUUUCUCAUCCUAUAAAAACAUAAAUACUCCUCACAGCCACAGUCCCACCAACCACGACUUACCUGACUAACACCAAACUGCCGAACUCUCUUUUCCUUUCAGUUUUCACGGUUAACUCCACUUCGCCAAAUGGACACUCUCAACCCUAUUCUUGUUUCAUCUGCUGCUGGUUCGAAAAUGGAAAGUGGAGGAGGGAUGAAUAAGAAUCGCACGCUGAUUUGCACUCCAAUAAUGGCUGAUUCCAUUGAUAAGAUGGUCACUGACAUGGCCAAAGCUAAAGAUAGUACUGCUGAUCUUGUGGAAAUUAGAUUGGAUUGUUUAAAGAGUUUCAAUCCUUAUGAGGACCUCAAAGUUUUAAUCAAAGAAUGCCCUUUGCCUACACUUUUCACCUACAGACCAGUAUGGGAAGGUGGUGAGUAUGAUGGUGAUGAGAAAGAGCGAUUAGAUGUACUUCGAUUAGCCAUGGAGCUAGGGGCUGAUUACAUUGAUGUGGAGCUUAAGGUUGCUCAUGACUUCAUAAAAUCCAUUAAUGGAAAGAAGCCUAAAAAGAUAAAAGUUAUAGUUUCUUCUCACAACUAUCAAAACACUCCAUCUGUUGAGGAGCUUGGCAACCUUGUUGUGAAAAUACAAUCGACUGGAGCUGAUAUAGUGAAGAUAGCGACAACAGCCUUGGAGAUCACUGAUGUGGCACACAUUUUUCAGAUAACUGUGGAUUCUCAAGUUCCUAUAAUUGGAAUUGUUAUGGGUGACAGGGGGUUGAUCUCACGGAUUCUCUGUGCAAAAUUUGGUGGCUAUCUUACUUUUGGAACUCUUGAGGCAGGGGUUGUUUCAGCUCCUGGUCAACCAACCAUUGAAGAUCUGUUGAAUCUUUACAAUUUCAGGCAGUUAGGUCCUGAUACUAAAGUGUAUGGAGUUAUUGGGAAGCCUGUUGGUCACAGCAAAUCACCUAUGCUGUACAAUGAAGCUUUCAAAUCAGCUGGUUUCAAUGGGGUCUAUGUCCACUUGUUAGUGGAUGACUUAUCAAAGUUUUUCCAGACUUACUCAUCCACUGAUUUUGCUGGAUUCAGCUGUACAAUUCCUCACAAGGAGGCCGCAGUGAAGUGCUGUGAUGAGGUAGAUCCAGUUGCUAAGUCCAUAGGAGCUGUUAAUUGCAUUAUAAGGAGUCAAAGUGAUGGGAAGUUAUUUGGUUACAAUACAGACUAUGUUGGUGCUAUUUCUGCUAUUGAGGAUGGACUACGAGCUAGAUAUAACAUAAGCGGUAUUGCUGAUUUGCCCUUAGCUGGUAAGCUGUUUGUAGUUAUUGGUGCUGGUGGUGCUGGAAAGGCACUUGCUUAUGGUGCAAAACAAAAAGGAGCUAGAGUUGUAAUUGCCAAUCGCACUUAUGAACGAGCUAAAGAGCAUGCAGACAUAAUUGGAGGAGAUGCUUUGUCUCUUGCUGAUUUAGUUCGUUUCCAUCCAGAGGAGGGCAUGAUUCUUGCCAACACAACAUCCGUUGGAAUGCAACCAAAUAUCGAUGAAACACCGAUACCCAAGGAUGUUUUGAAAUACUAUUCACUGGUUUUCGAUGCCAUUUACACCCCUAAAAUAACCAGACUCUUGAGAGAAGCUGAAGAAUCUGGAGCCACAAUUGUUUCCGGAUUGGAGAUGUUCAUUAGGCAAGCCUAUGAACAGUUUGAGCGAUUCACUGGUUUGCCAGCGCCAAAGGAGCAGUUUCGGAAAACUAUGUCAAAGUAUUAACAAGGUUUAUUUGGCUAAUCUUUUAUGUGCUGCAAUUUUUUUUCUUUUCUUCAGCAUCUCUCAAUUGCUGGUUUCUUUUACCAUUCCUUGGGGAGGGCAUUGUGAUGAUAGUUUAUUUUAUUUGUAAUUGUAGUAUUACACAAUAACCCAUUUUUCUGUCAUGGGAACUUAGGAGGGGAGCCUUGGUGCAAUUGUUAAGAUUGCUGUCAUGUGACUUGAUUGUCGUGGGUUUGAAUUGAAUCGUGGAAACAGCUUCUUGUAAAAAUUUAAUGAAAAACUGUGUAUGAUAGAUCCUUCCCUAGAUCCGUGUGUACCCGGAGUUUUUACACACAGGGUUGUCCUUUUUUUCCUUUCAUGGGAACUUAUUAUUUCAUGGUACCUUCUAAGGGAUAUUUUGAAGGAUGUUCUACAACUAUGACCUGUGAGUAUGCAUGAUGUUAUAGCUGGGAAGGAGAGAAAAUUCAAAGUUUAUUUAUUUAUUUAUUAUUUUGGAAUGGGGGAUUGGA